GAACAAAUAUAAUCUACAGUCUAGUAUCCGAUGUGUUGUGGUGCCGUUGUGGUCGCUGAUUGAUCAUUUCUCAUCUCAGCGUUAGUCGUUUUGCGCCACCGUCGUACAAAUAUACAGUAGGCUACCUUCGACAGCUUUACACCUUGUGGUGUGAUUUUGAGUCAUAAUCGCUUUCGCGGUCCCGCCAACGGGUUGUACCGUGUUUUUACACAUAUGAAGCUAUCUAAAUUGGUUGACAACAGCUGGCACAAUGUGCUCGAUGAACACCAGCAGAGAGUGCCUGGUCAAACCGUCAAAAAAUGGUUUGGACGAAAGAAGUUACAUACUACAACGUGCUCAGACGAUGGAUCAAGGCGACAAUCUCAAAAACUGCCCAAAAUUUGCGAGUUUCAACUACAUCAAUUCAAUUAUUGGCAGCGGUGUAAUUGGUAUACCAUAUGCGUUUAAUCUAUCUGGUGUUGGUCUGGGAGUAAUUUUGCUGAUAAUUGUGGCGAUCAUCACAGAUUAUUCGUUGGUCCUCAUGUUAAGGAGCGCGCAUAUAAGUGGUUCUUUUUCUUAUCAAUCGCUCAUGAAAUGUGCUUUUGGCAAGUGUGGCUAUAUAGUUCUUUCGUUUCUUCAAUUCACCUAUCCUUUUAUAGCGAUGAUAAGUUAUAAUAUCAUAGUAGGCGAUACAGCGACUAAAGUGUUAGUACGUUUGUUUUCAUUACCUCUCGAUUCAAUUUUUGCCCAGAGAUACUUUGUUAUAGCAAUGGCUACAAUAUUUAUCACCACACCUUUGUGCAUGUUAAGAAACGUCGCAAGACUAGCUAAAGCGUCUAUUGUAUCUUUUAUUAUGGUGUUAAUCAUCUUUGGUACAAUUGUCAUCAAAUAUGAAUCUCUUUACGAAGUCAUGUCCAAAACUGCUAAUGUAGGUGACAUUAGUACAUGGGAUUUUGCGCGUCCGGGUGCUAUACAAGCGGUUGGAAUUAUGUCAUUCGGUUUUAUGUGUCACCAUAAUGUAUUUUUGUUGUAUGAUUCUAUUCAAGGAGCAUCUCAAAAUAUAUGGAACUGGGUAACUCAUUUCGCUGUUACCAUAUCUGUUUCAAUGAUGAUUGCUUUUGGACUUGUCGGUUACGCCACGUUUGGUGACUUGACACAAGGUGAUUUACUGGAAAACUAUUGUUGGAACGACGAUUUAAUUAACAUAUCUAGGUUGUUGUUUUCGUUGAUUACACUUUUAACGUUUCCGCUAGAAUGUAUGGUAACUAAAGCAGUGGUCGAUCAAACACUCAGAGGUGGUACAGAUCCUAUGCCUAUUCCUAUGACAAAGAAAAGACACGCUAUUAUUACUUUAUCAAUUCUAUUAAUCACUUACUUAGUGUCUAUAUCAACAAAUUGUCUUGGUAUAGCACUAGAAUUAAAUGGUGUUAUCGCUGCAAUUCCUCUUGCAUUUGUUUUGCCAGCAGCAAUAUACAUUAAAUUAUCAGAUGAACAUUGGACCAACAAAAUUCCUGCUUACUGUUUGGCAUUGUUUGGAGCAAUAUUAGCAGCUUCUGGUGUAACACUGGUGAUUUAUGAAAUAUUAUUUACCAACACAGACUCAUGUGAAAAUGCACAUAUAAUGGAAUACUGUAAAUUUAACACUUCAUACCGCCAAAUCGGUGAUUUCUUUGAGUUACCAUUGAACUGAGUUUUAGUAAUAUAUUAUUACCUAUAUAAUUAUAAUAAUUCAAAUAAUUAUAUAUUAAACUUUUUUUUUAACUUGUGAUUCCUUUUUUCUAUUGUAUGUAUAAAAAUAAAACAAUAGUUACAUUUUUAAAUAAAUUAUUACUUAUCUCUGUUACUUAUACAAUUUCGUUACUAAGUUAUUUGUUAAUAAACGAAAAUUAUAUAAAAUUG